AGAGAUCAAAAAAGGAAAAGACAAUGCAAAAAUUGAUCAUAAAAAUUAUCAAAAACAGAUCAAAGUGCAAGAGAAAGAAAUUCAAAAAUUAAAAACUAAAACUCAAGAAGAAUUUGAAAAACUUAAAAAUCUCAAAUGCAAAGAUGAAAAAAAAUAUGGCUCUACAAACCCCACUACAAUCUCAUCACCAAUUUCACCAAUUUCAGUGAACUUUCAUUUUACACGUAGAUGCAAUUACGAAUGUGGUUUCUGUUUUCACACAUCAAAAACAUCCGACAUUCCAAAAAUGUCUGAUUCAAAAUUAGCUUUAAAGAAAUUAAAAAAUGCCGGAAUGAGAAAAAUGAAUUUUGCCGGUGGUGAACCAUUCUUGUAUAUGAAGUAUUUGGGAGAAUUGAUUGAAUAUUGUAAAAAAGAAUUAAAAUUGGAAUCGGUCUCGAUAGUUAGCAAUGGUAGCAAAAUAACUAGAAGUUUUUUACUUAAAUAUAAAGACUAUAUUGAUAUUUUGGCAGUUUCGUGCGAUUCGUUCGAUGAUUCUACGAAUGUAAAAAUUGGUAGAGGAAAAAAAGGCGAACACUUGAAAAAUCUAAAAAACAUUUCAACAUGGUGUCGUGAGUUUAACAUUAAAUUUAAGAUUAACACGGUGGUUAACAGGUAUAAUUGGCAAGAGGAUAUGAAUUCACACAUUGAAGACCUUAAGCCCUUCAGAUGGAAAUGUUUUCAAGUUUUAAUAUUGGAAAAUGAGAACGGUGGUGAUGCUGGCAUUGACAGUAACGACAAAACGUUAAGAGAUGCGAGAGAUUUUGUGAUAACUGAUGAACAAUUUCAAUCAUUCAUCAGUCGUCAUCAACAACAACAAUGCAUAGUACCGGAACCAAACAACAUCAUGAAAAACUCUUAUUUGAUUUUAGACGAACAUUUAUGUUUUUUAAAUUGUCGUGAUAACAAAAAAAUUCCAAGUCAAUCAUUAUUAAACGUCGAUGUUGACGUUGCUCUUCAAGAAUCAGGUUGGGAUCAGGAUUCUUUUUAUAGAAGAUCUGGCGUAUAUGAUUGGUCUAAAAAUAUUGAUGUUUGUGCUCAAACCAACGACAAAUCAUUAAAUUGGUGA